AUUAGUUUCAUCGAUUGUUUUACUUCACAAUGCUUGUCUAUCCAGGCAAAGAUACCUUAAAGGGAGGAAGGGGGAGCAGCGGGUGGGCCUUUCCAUAUGGCUUGUCUAGUUGCGUCAAAAUGCUGUGCAUGCUCAUUAGUGAUGUCACGGUCUGGUGCAACAGGAUUGUGAGCAUCUCGAUACUCCACCCUGCCAAAAUUCACCUGUUGAGUCACCUGGAGCCACGCAGCAAUCCUAGACUGGAGGCACUGGAUGCAAGAAGUCGGGCAUGGGAGGUGUCUACUCAAGUGAUAGGAUGGCUGGAUUUUUCUCCUAUGAGAGCUCACAGGUCGACUGGUGUGAAGACAACUACAAACACUCUGAGCAUGUGGUGGAGUUCUUUAACACAAUGAGCAGCUUCAUUUUCUUCAUUAUAUCUCCCAUCAUGCUCUACCUCCUUCACCCUUACGCCAGAGAGAGGAACUUGGCAAUCCAUCUGGUCUGGGUCAUGAUGUUAUUCGUAGGUAUCUUCUCUGCCUACUUCCACAUGACUCUCAGUUUUGCCGGCCAGAUGCUGGAUGAGCUGUCAAUCUUGUGGGUGUUGGCAGUGGGAUACGCCAUAUGGUUCCCACGCAGACUGUUCCCUUCUUUUAUAAAAGACAGGUCCACCUUCUCAAGGCUCAUCCUGGUGGUUACUGUCGUCACUUCCGUGUCCUCCUUUGUCCAACCUACAGUCAAUGCCUAUAUUCUCAACUGCUUCGGCCUGCACAUGCUCUACAUUCUAACUAAUGAGAUGAGAUGCUGUACUGACCAGAAGGUUUUGAGACUGGCCAAAUUGUCGGUGGCUUUGUGGAUACUGGCUAUCUCCUGUUGGAUUAGUGAUCGCUUUGGCUGUGGAUUUUGGCAGAAGCUAAACUUCUGCUACUUGCACAGUAUCUGGCACAUUUUGAUCGUGAUAGCUGUGGCAUAUGGGAGUACGCUGAUAGCUUACCUGGAUGCCAACUACGAGAUCCCCUACUCACUACCUGGACUGCAGUACUGGCCCUGUGAUAAAUGGGCACUUGGAUUACCUCACAUUGUCCUGAGAGGCACAACAAAGACACUCAAAUGGUGCUAAUAACCUGCACAAAGCAGUGCUUUUCCCCACUUCGUUAAAGGAGAUAACUGAUGGCGGGCCACCAUUGCAGCUCAUCCAAUACGUUUAAAAAGUGACAAUUGUGAUAAAAUGAUAAUAAUUUAAAAAAGAAUUGUGGCUUUUUUAAACCAUGUUACUUCACAUUUCAUAUACAUACAAACAUACAUAUACAUACAUACUGUGAGAUUUCAAAAUGUUGACACAAAAAUAUUUUAAACACCUCCAAUAUGAUGGUGUGCAAUUCAUACAACUGCAGUAAUAAACAUUGCUAAACCAAUACGUCUUAGAGAGUGUCCAUCAAAACUAGACAUUAUUAUCUUUCUAUUUGUUUGUUUUUUAUUUAUGUGUGAGUGUACAAAUGAAUAGUCACGAUUCUAAAGUUUUCCUGAUACUUGUAUGACUUCUUUUAAUAUCCAAAUGUUGCUUUGAAGCCCGAAGAUAGCUGGGAUAGGCUCCAGCACGCCCGUGACCCUAGUGAGGAUAAGCAGAAUGGAAGAUGAAUGAAUGACCUAACCUCCAUGCAUUUUCUGAGCCGCUUCUCCUCAAUCGGGUCGCGGGCGUGCUGGAGUCUCUCCCAGCUGCCCAUCGGGCAGGAGGCAGGUUACACCCUGAACUGGUUGCCAGCCAAUCACAGGGCACAUACAAACAAACAACCAUUCGCACUCACAUUCACACCUACGGGCAAUUUAGAGUUGUCAAUUAACCGACCACGGAUGUUUUUGGGAUGUGGGAGGAAACCCGAGUGCCCGGAGAAAACCCACACGGGCACAGGGAGAACAUGCAAACUCCUCACAGGCGGGGUCGGGGAUUGAACCCCUGUCCUCAGAACUGUGAGGCAGACGCUCUAACCAUUCGUCCACCGUGCCGCCCCAUCCAAUCAUGUCAAUAAAAUAAAGAAUCUGCACGAUUGUAAUAAGUGCAUGAUUGUAAUAAGUAUUUGAAUGUUUGUCUUUGACACACAUAUAUGUAAAUAUGUUUUAGGCUGUUUUGAUGAAAUUAUUUAUUUAUUUUCAGUCCAUAAAUUCAUUCUUUUUAUGUGCAUGUUAUUAAGUGCUGUCGUUUGCCAUCGCAACAUUGAAGCCAUGCUUUUACAUAUGUUAACUUGGAGUUUUACUGUACUUCAUUAUGUGAUGUUUUCAUGUUGUGCUUUAUUUGGAUUAUUUUGCAGGACAAAUGUGUGACAAAUACAGAC